AUGGGGGCUCUGACCAGCCGGCAAAACGCAGGGGUGGAGGAAGUGGAUAUCCCCGCGAAUUCCGUCUACAGAUAUCCUCCGAAAUCCGGGAGCUACUUUGCCAACCACUUCAUCAUGGGCGGUGAGAAGUUCGACUCCACCCACCCUGAGGGUUACCUCUUCGGCGAGAACAGCGACCUCAACUUCCUGGGGAACCGGCCCGUGGUGUUCCCUUACGCUGCUCCACCUCCUCAGGAACCUGUGAAGACCCUCAGGAGCUUAAUCAACAUCCGCAAGGACACCCUGCGCCUGGUCAAGUGCUCAGAGGAGGUGAAGACCCCGGGGGAAGAGGUCAGCAAAGCCAAGGUGCACUACAAUGUGGAGUUCACCUUCGACACGGACACCCGCGUGGCCAUAACCAUCUACUACCAAGCCACCGAGGAGUUCCACAAUGGGGUGGCAAGCUACAUCCCCAGGGACAACAGCCUGCAGUCGGAGACAGUGCACUACAAGCGGGGGGUGUGCCAGCAGUUCUGUGUGCCCUCCCACACCGUCGACCCCUCUGAAUGGAGCGAGGAGGAGCUGGGCUUUGACAUGGACCGGGAGGUGUACCCCAUGGUGGUGCAAGCUGUGGUGGAUGAAGGAGAGGAACACAUUGGGCACUGCCAUGUGCUGCUGGCCACCUUUGAGAAGCACAGCGAUGGCACCUUCUGUGUGAAACCCCUCAAGCAGAAGCAAGUGGUGGAUGGUGUGAGCUACCUUCUACAGGAGAUCUAUGGCAUUGAGAACAAGUACAACACACAGGACUCCAAGGUGGCGGAGGACGAGGUGAGCGACAACAGCGCGGAGUGCGUGGUGUGCCUGUCGGACGUCCGCGACACCCUGAUCCUGCCCUGCCGCCACCUCUGCCUCUGCAACACCUGCGCCGACACCCUGCGCUACCAGGCCAGCAACUGCCCCAUCUGCAGGCUGCCUUUCCGAGCCUUGCUUCAAAUCCGAGCCAUGAGGAAGAAGCUGGGGCCCCUCUCACCCACCAGCUUCAACCCCAUCAUCGCCUCGCAGACCUCCGACUCCGAGGAGCAUUCGUCCUCGGAGAACAUCCCCCCAGGUUAUGAGGUGGUGUCGCUGCUGGAGGCCCUCAACGGGCCGCUGACGCCCUCCCCGGCUGCCCUGCCCCUGCGAGCACUGGGGGACCCCCCGGGAGCAGGGACCCUGCCCUCCUACGGCAGCGAGGGCCCCCUGCCCCCACUGAGGGCCCUCUCACCCCUCGAGCGUCUCCCUGACUGUGGUCCUCCAGGGCUCAAGCUGAAGAAGAGCCUCUCCAAGUCUGUCUCACAGAACUCCUCCAUCCUGCCCGAAGAGGAGGAUGAGAAGUCCUGCACUGAGUCGGAGCUGAGGGUCUCCAGGAGGAGAUCCCCUGGACGGUGCGAGGAGGAAUGUGGUGCAACACCAGAGAGUGAAAACCUCACCCUGUCAUCCUCUGGAGCCAUCGACCAGUCCUCCUGCACUGGGACCCCUCUCUCCUCUACCAUCUCAUCCCCAGAAGAGCCCGUCAGCAGCAGCCUGGCUCAGUCCGUCAUGUCCAUGGCCUCCUCCCAGAGCCAGCACUCCCAGCUCAGCACCGACACUGUGUCCUCCAUGUCUGGCUCCUACGUUGCUCCUGGCACAGAGGAGGAGGAGGAGGAGGAAGGGGACAUGCUCCCCUCGCCUGUGGCUGCCAGUGCCACAGCCUCUGAAGGAGAGUCGACGCCUGUGGAGUCCCCGGACCUGAACUUCGUCAGCAUCUCGGCAGAGGAGCACGAUGCAGAGGGCAACGAGGUGCUGGAGGAUGAGGACGCCUCUCCCACGCAGGAAGACGGCCCGAGGACAGGCGCCCUCCUCGGUCUGAGGUGUGACAAUAACAAUGACUUGGGCAUCGCACACGUGAGGGCGCUGGACAAUAAGCUGUGCUCUGAGGCCUGCUUACCUGGCCCAGAGGCAGCCAACAACAACGUGCUGCUGCAGCAGGCACCCUGA